AUGCCGAGCUCGUCUGGCCCCGAGCGUGGCGCCUUCCAGCCCUCCUUGGCCGAUGUUAACGCGGGCCGAGUUACGUUUGGCGAGCAUACGACGAUCACGUGCGAGCAGCUGCAGCGUAGUGCGCAGAUCGUCGCGUCGCGCUUCCAAACAACGCCAGCGCUGCGCAGGUUCGUGGCCAACGCCGACGAGGAGUGGAGGUCUGCCACCGAGACCGAGUACGCGGGCAGCCUUCGUAUCAGCACGACCGAAGCCAACGGCGUCGCCGAGCGAUUCCUGCGCACCUUCAUCGAGGAGGUCUAUCUGCCGCGCAUCGCCGGCGACGCUUCGGAUAGUGCCGUCACCGUCGACGACGUGCUCUCCUCGCCGCCGCGCCACGACCUCUCUGCGGACCGCCGCUUUUGGACGAUGCUGGCGCGGUUUAGCAUCUACCGCUUCCGCGAGCCGCUGGUUGACGACGAGACGCGCAGCUAUGUCCCGCAGGCGCUCGAGUGCUUCGCGAUCAUCAAGGUGACGUAUUCGUGCCUCACGCGCCGCCCCGUCGACCCCGCCGUGGUCCAGGAGGCCAAUGCGCUCAUCCGCCGGGGCAACGUGUCUGCUCAACGCGCCAGGCCGGUGGCCACCCACGACAAUCUCGUCCACUUUGUCCGCCAGGGCGCGUUCGGCAGCCAUCUGCUGCUGCGCUGCCCGCGCGAGCAGAUCCAGAUGGCCGCGUUCCAUCAACUCAUCGCCUACUGCGCCGUGCGGCCCAGCGACGUUGUGCUCGGCCGAUUGCAGAGCGACGCGCUGCGCUGGCGCGACGUCGACUUUUUCCUCACGCUCUGGAUUCCCGACGAGGAGGACGACAGCAACGACGCGGCCGCCCAAGCAGCCGAGGAGCGGCAAGUGGCCGAGGAGGCGGACGGCCAAACCGGCCCAGGCGAAAUCGUCGGCGAGCGCGCGACAGGCGCUCGCCGAGCGUCGCCGCGCUCCCGGCUCCACUGCGACGUCACGUUCCGCAAUGUCGAGGGCCGCCCGGCCGACCCGAGAACAUGGCGCACCGAACAGCUGUACGACAGCGGCGGCGCCGCCUGCCUUGAGCCCGUGCUGCUGCUUGCCCAGAUGGCCGAUGACGAUGGCAUCUUUCAAAGCGGCAUCAGCAUCGCCCACGCUCUCGAGGAGGCCGAUCCGUCGUUCUUUGACAAUCGUAACUUCCUCCGGGUCCACAUCAAGCGCGAGGCCCGCGACCAGUUUGUCUUUCGGGCGUUUGAGCUCGUCGAUGUCGGCUCGUCGGACGAUGGCGCCGCCGCGUCAUCCACCGCCGCCGCGCCGUCCACCUUGGCAUCGACUUUGGCAUCCACCGCCGGCCCGUCCACCUCGACAUCCGCUGCCGCAGCGCCCGCCGCCGCUGUCGCCAUCCGCCACCAUUGCGCCGUCGCCGCCGCCGCCCAACCUGCGAUGGACCGUCUCGGCCUCGGAACCCUGCACGCUCAGCAUGGCCGACGCCACCACGGCCCCGAGUCCGGCUUCCUCGUCGUCGACGCCCAGGGCCGGCGUUUUGUCCAAGCCCAGGCCUCAGGCCGCAAGGCAACCGUCAAGCGCAUCCUACGGAGCCUCGCCGAGCCGCGCCAAGCCGCGCGCGUGGGGCGAGCCCAGGGCCGCAGCGACGAUGCCUGGCUUGGGCAGGCCGCAACCAUUCCCCUCCUCGGUCGCACCGAUCUCUCGGCCGCUUUUCGCUCCGCCGCAGCGGCCAACGACGACGACGAGGACAACGAAGAUGCCGGGCCGACCCGGCGCGUGCGGAGGCGCGUGUAG